GGCGGCGGCGCGGGCGGCGGCUUCCUCCUCCUCCUCCCGAGUUCCUGUCGGCUCCCUCCCCGAGCCCCUGGCUCCGCGGCUUCGCAGAGUCUCAGCCCUUCGAACCCCCCUCGCCGUCCUCCCGAGUCCCGAUCCUCCAGCCUCCCUCCCGUGUCGCCUGCUCAGCUCCGCGUCGUCGUCCCCUCAGUCUCCUCCCUCCCUCCAUGUCUCCCUGUCCCUUCCGCCCGUCCCCUGCCCGCCUCGGCCGUCCUCGGCACAGGCCCGAGGGAGUGCCCGCUCUUCCGGUGUGUCCCUGGUUCCGCGUUUCUAAGGGACCCCCAGCCCGGCGGGGACCAGGGAGCCUCGGAGGCCGCGGGGAGAGCGCACAGUAGGCUCUCUUGGACACAGCAGGCCUCGGGAAGCACUGCUCUCUGUCUUGUAUGCCCCGCUGCCUGAAUUCGUGGGCGAUCACUCGGGUCUGUCCCUUCAGGAAGGAGAAGUGCACAGUUUUUACAGCAGGCAAAGUGAUGGGGGACAUGUCACCCGCACCGUCGCCUCCCCUCAGCCUGGCGCUUAGUGGGGGCCCCUCCUCCAGCGCGAGGAGGAGGAGGAGGAGGAAACAGGCAUCCAUUGCCACAGCGUUCUUUUGAGAUGGGAUGGGGGUCAUCGGGUGGAGAGGCACAGAGCUCGGCUGUAGGAGCCAGGGUUUAGUGUCAGUCUUGGGAGAUACCUGCCCUGGAGUCCCAGCGUUUGUGGUCCCGAAGCAGCCCUGGGCCGUUUGUGCAGUCAAGCUGGCUGGGAAAGGACCCUGCUUGGGCGCUGGGAAGGCGGUGCCUGUCUGGGACGCAAUGGAAGAUGGCGUUUUGGCGUUGCAUGAUGAUGACAUUGACGAUGACUGUCAGAUACCAAGUUUCCACAAAUGUGAAAUCUGUUUGCUGUCUUUUCCAAAAGAGUCACAGUUUCAGCGUCACAUGAGGGAGCAUGAGCAAAAUGACAAGCCACACCGAUGUGAUCAGUGUCCCCAAACAUUUAAUGUGGAAUUCAACCUGACGCUUCAUAAAUGUACACACAAUGCAGAAGAUCCUGUCUGUCCUGUGUGCAACAAGCGGUUCUCCCGAGUGGCCAGUCUCAAAGCACAUAUUAUGCUCCAUGAGAAGGAAGAGAACCUCAUUUGCUCUGAGUGUGGGGAUGAGUUCACGCUGCACAGCCAGCUGGCCAUACACAUGGAGGAGCACCGGCAGGAGCUGGCAAACAACCGAGCCCACACCUGCAAGGCCUGUAAGGAGGAGUUCGAGACGACGCCCGAGCUGAAGGAGCACAUGAAGACUCACUGUAAAGUUAGGGCAUCAGGUACAAGAUCUUACAAUCGGAACGUUGACAGGAGCAGCUUCACAUACUCGUGCCCACACUGUGGAAAGACAUUUCAAAAGCCCAGUCAGUUAACGCGACACAUAAGGAUACACACAGGUGAAAGGCCGUUCAAAUGCAGUGAGUGUGGAAAAGCUUUUAACCAGAAAGGGGCACUGCAGACCCACAUGAUCAAGCACACAGGAGAAAAGCCGCACGCCUGUGCCUUUUGUCCUGCCGCCUUUUCUCAGAAGGGGAACCUGCAGUCCCAUGUGCAGAGGGUCCACUCAGAGGUAAAAAAUGGGCCUACUUAUAACUGUACAGAAUGUAGCUGCAUUUUUAAAAGUUUAGGUAGCUUAAACACUCAUAUCAGCAAGAUGCACAUGGGUGGACCCUCGAAUUCCACAAGUUCUUCAGAGACUGCGCAUGUUAUAACGGCCACGAUCUUUCAGACUUUGCCUCUGCAGCAGGUGGAAGCCCAGGUCUCAUCAGUCUCUGGUCAGCAGAAUUCUCAGGCAGUGACUGAUGUCAUUCAGCAGCUUCUGGAACUGUCUGAGCCGGGGCCGGUAGAGGCACAGCAGUCCCCACAGUCUGGGCGGCAACUGAGUGUGACAGUGGGCAUCAACCAGGACAUCCUCCAGCAAGCCUUAGAAAACAGUGGGCUGUCUUCACUUCCAGUUGCAGCACCUCCCAGCGACUGCAGCCAUGCUCAGACGUCCACAGGGUCUCCUCAGAGUCCACAUGCCUCUAGUGUCUCUGCUGAACAAGCUGAUUCCAUGGAUGCUGAGCAGGAAAAGGGACAGGAAAGCCCUGAGAAGAUGGAUAAGAAAGAGAAAAAAAUUAUGAAGAAGAAGUCACCGUUUCUGCCUGGCUCCAUUCGGGAGGAAAACGGGGUUCGGUGGCACGUGUGUCCCUACUGCACAAAGGAGUUCCGGAAGCCCAGUGACCUUGUGCGCCACAUUCGCAUCCACACUCAUGAGAAGCCCUUCAAGUGUCCACAGUGUUUCCGGGCCUUUGCCGUGAAGAGCACACUGACCGCUCACAUCAAAACUCACACUGGCAUCAAGGCCUUCAAGUGCCAGUACUGCAUGAAGAGCUUUUCCACCUCAGGGAGCCUCAAGGUGCACAUCCGCCUCCACACAGGAGUUAGACCUUUUGCUUGUCCUCACUGUGAUAAAAAAUUCCGAACCUCAGGCCAUAGGAAGACGCACAUAGCUUCCCACUUUAAACACACGGAACUGAGGAAGAUGAGGCACCAGCGCAGACCUGCGAAGGUUCGGGUUGGCAAGAGCAAUGUUCCUGUCCCCGACAUUCCUUUGCAAGAACCAAUUCUCAUAACUGACUUAGGUCUUAUCCAGCCCAUUCCAAAAAAUCAAUUUUUCCAAAAUUAUUUUAAUAAUAAUUAUGGCAAUGAAGCAGAUAGACCAUACAAAUGUUUUUACUGUCAGCGAGCAUACAAAAAGUCUUGCCAUCUUAAACAGCAUAUCAGAUCACAUACGGGUGAGAAACCUUUCAAAUGUUCUCAGUGUGGUAGAGGCUUCGUCUCUGCAGGAGUGCUCAAAGCGCAUGUGCGGACACACACUGGCCUGAAGUCCUUCAAGUGUCUGAUCUGCAAUGGAGCCUUCACCACAGGGGGCAGCUUGCGGAGACACAUGGGCAUACAUAAUGACCUCCGCCCCUACAUGUGUCCCUAUUGCCAGAAGACAUUUAAGACCUCCCUAAACUGCAAGAAACACAUGAAAACCCAUAGAUACGAACUAGCCCAGCAGCUCCAGCAACAUCAGGAGGCUUCCUCCAUGGAUGACAGCACCGUGGACCAGCAGAGCAUGCAAGUGUCAGUUCCCCUGCCUGUGGAGAUUGAGAGUGCAGAACUGCAGCAGACCCCGGAGACUGUGGCGGCAGACCCCGAGGCGAUUCUAGAACUGGGGCCACAGCAUGUGGUAGGCACAGAAGAUGCAGAGCUUGGACAGCAGUUGGCAGAUGAGCCUUUGGGAGCCGAGGAAGAUGGGUUUGCAGCUUCCCAGGAUCCUCUCCCAGGGCACAUGGACCAGUUUGAAGAGCAGACUACUCCACAGCAGUCUUUUGAGUCUGCAGGACUUUCACAAGGUUUCACAGUGACUGACACAUACAAUCAACAGACCCCAUUUCCACCUGUGCAGCAGCUGCAGGAUUCUAGCACACUUGAGUCCCAGGCCUUGUCUACGAGUUUCCACCAGCAAAACUUACUGCAGGUCCCAAAUUCUGAUGCCAUCAAUGUGGCAGCUCGUUUGCUUCCAGAGUCAUCUCAAGAGGAUCUAGACCUACAAACACAACGUCCACAGUUCCUGGAGGACAGCGAGGACCAGAGCAGGCGCUCUUACAGAUGUGACUAUUGCAACAAAGGCUUCAAGAAGUCUAGCCACUUGAAGCAGCAUGUGCGCUCACACACAGGGGAGAAACCUUACAAGUGCAAGCUCUGUGGGCGUGGUUUUGUCUCCUCUGGUGUCCUCAAGUCUCACGAGAAGACACACACAGGAGUCAAGGCAUUCAGCUGCAGCAUCUGCAAUGCCUCCUUCACCACCAAUGGCAGCCUCACGCGGCACAUGGCCACACAUAUGAGCUUGAAGCCUUACAAGUGUCCGUUCUGCGAAGAGGGCUUUCGAACAGCAAUUCAUUGUAAAAAGCACAUGAAGAGACAUCAGUCUGUCCCUUCUGCAACCUCCACAGCUGCAGAGACAGAGGGAGGAGACACAUGUAUGGAGGAAGAGGAAGACACUUCUGACAGGAGUACCUCAAGAAAGCCUCGUCCUGAGGUCAUUACUUUCACAGAAGAGGAGACAGCCCAGCUGGCCAAAAUUCAGCCCCAGGAGAGUGCUACAGUAUCUGAGAAGGUCCUGGUGCAGUCGGCUGCGGAGAAGGACCGAAUCAGUGAGAUGAAGGAUAAGCAGGCAGAGCUUGAGGCAGAACCCAAGCAUGCCAACUGCUGCUCAUACUGUCCUAAGAGCUUCAAGAAGCCCAGCGACCUGGUGAGGCAUGUUAGAAUCCAUACUGGAGAAAAGCCGUAUAAGUGUGAUGAAUGUGGAAAGAGCUUUACUGUGAAGUCCACUUUAGAUUGUCAUGUGAAGACUCACACCGGCCAGAAGCUGUUCAGCUGUCAUGUCUGCAGCAACGCCUUCUCCACAAAAGGAAGUCUGAAGGUGCACAUGCGCCUGCACACGGGGGCGAAGCCUUUCAAGUGUCCUCACUGUGAGCUGCGCUUCCGCACCUCUGGGCGAAGGAAGACUCACAUGCAGUUCCACUACAAGUCAGACCCAAAGAAAGCCAGGAAGCCUGUGACCCGGAGCUCGUCAGAAAGUCUCCAGUCUGUGAACCUCCUCAACUCCUCUUCCCCUGACCCCAAUGUGUUCAUCAUGAACAACUCUGUGCUAACGGGACAGUUUGAACAGAGUGUGCUGCAGCAAGGGCUCGUGGGUCAAGCUCUCCUUCCCGCCUCUGUUUCAGCUGGUGGGGACUUGACAGUGUCUCUGACUGAUGGGAGUUUGGCCACCCUGGAAGGUAUCCAGUUACAGCUGGCUGCUAAUUUGGUUGGCCCAAAUGUGCAGAUUUCUGGACUCGAUCCCUCCAGCAUCAACAACAUCACAUUGCAGAUUGACCCAAGUAUUCUGCAGCAGACACUGCAGCAGGGUAGCCUGCUUGCUCAGCCGGUUACAGGGGAGUCUGGCACAGGCUCACAGAACACCUCUGUGCAGACGUCCGACAGCUCUGUCCCAGCCAGUGUCGUCAUCCAGCCCAUCUCCGGCCUGUCCUUACAGCCCACAGUGACGUCUGCCAACCUCACCAUUGGCCCGCUCUCUGAACAGGAUUCUGUGCUGACCACCACCAGCAGCGGGACACAGGACCUCACUCAAGUGAUGACUUCACAAGGCCUCGUGUCCACUUCGACGGGCCCCCACGAGAUCACCCUGACCAUCAACAACUCAAGUCUCAGCCAGGUCCUUGCCCAGGCUGCUGGCCCCUCUGCCACCUCGUCCUCGGGCUCUCCACAGGAGAUCACGCUGACAAUCUCUGAACUUAAUCCUACAAGUGGGAGCCUUCCUACCACAACACCGAUGUCACCAUCAGCCAUUUCAACCCAGAACCUGGUCAUGUCUUCAUCAGGUGUGGGUGGUGAUGCCAGUGUCACACUGACCCUGGCUGAUACUCAGGGCAUGCUGUCUGGAGGUCUGGACACGGUUACAUUGAACAUCACCUCUCAGGGCCAGCAAUUCCCAGCGUUGCUCACGGAUCCCUCUCUCUCAGGCCAAGGUGGAGCGGGCUCACCACAAGUCAUAUUAGUGAGCCACACUCCACAGUCCUCAUCUGCUGCUGGGGAAGAAAUAGCUUACCAGGUGACUGAUGUCUCUGCCCAGCUGACCCCUAACAGCCAGCCUGAAAAGGAGGGCCCCUUACACCAGUGCCUGGACUGUGAGCGUGCCUUCUCGUCAGCUGCUGUGCUCAUGCACCACAGCAAGGAGGUGCACGGGAAGGAGCGCAUCCACGGCUGCCGGGUCUGCAGGAAGGCCUUCAAGCGAGCCACACACCUCAAGGAGCACAUGCUGACACACCAGGCUGGCCCCUCGCUCAGCUCUCAGAAGCCCAGGGUAUUCAAAUGUGACACCUGCGAAAAGGCGUUUGCCAAACCCAGCCAGCUGGAGAGACACAGCCGCAUCCACACAGGGGAGCGACCGUUCCACUGCACUCUGUGUGAGAAAGCCUUCAACCAGAAGAGUGCGCUGCAGGUGCACAUGAAGAAGCACACUGGCGAGCGGCCCUACAGGUGUGACUACUGCGUCAUGGGCUUCACGCAGAAGAGCAACAUGAAGCUGCACAUGAAGCGAGCGCACAGCUUCGUGGCAACCUUGCAGGCAGCUGCUGUGGUCCAGGAACAGGAUGGGGAAGAGCUAAGGACCCUCCACUUAGAGGAAGUGGUGCAGGAGGCGGCGGGCGAGUGGCAGACCCUAACCAAUGUGUUCUGAUGCCAUGGAAGAAGGCUGAGAGCAUCCAUGAAGCUACAUUUGUGAAGAUUAGAUCACUCAGAGUUUCUGUUUUAAAACUUGGUGUUAAAAAUCUACCACAAUAGUUUUUUAACUAAAAUUAUUUGAAGAAUCAUUGUUACUCAAAGACUAAUAGGAAAAAAUGCAAAGGCACUGUUUUCAUUGGUCUACAGAUCACAGAACCCGAGCACUACCGUGGGCACUUUUACCUUCUCUUGGCCAGGGUAUGUCCUUAGCAGAUGACCUGGAUCUGAAUAUCAUUGCAGUGGGAUUGGUGUUAGCAAAAGACAAGAUGGGAAAACACUUGCAUGGUAGUUCAUGAAGUUCAGAAGCGGUGCCACCACACAUGGAUGUUUUCCACUUUCACUCCGUGGUUUACUAAUCAGUAGCAGUCAGUUCUUUUCAGCCCACUCUGUUCAUGUAACUGAUGCCUUGAGAGGUGGCUGGACCAGCUCUCUCUCCAUCACAGACACCUAAUCCCUAGUUAGAAGAACACAAGAUCUGGCGACAGCAGGGCCACGAGAAAAUGUGACCGCAGGCAAGGACCAGCUGCUCCCAUGGAUGUCCACACGCUUGCUGCAUGAAUCUGUCCAGUCACAUGUACUAGGUCACUGCAGAAGCACAAGCCAUACCCUGUGAGCAGGGAGAGACAACUGUCUCCUAUGGGACAGGAAGCUGUCCCUGUCCACCUCAGUAGAUUACCUGUGUUUUACGGCUGAGGACCCCCACCCCUGCGACUUCCUCCUCAGGCCUGCGGAGAUGUGCUGCCACUUCAGGGGGUCCUUCCGGGUCAGCAGUGCUACCUGAGACGUGUCCCAAACCAAACCCUCCUGCACUGAGCAGUGUGUGCGCCUCAGCAUUCCAAAGACAGUAGGUCCCCACUUCCGAUCAGUCCCUCAACUAUUUAUAUGUUCUAUAUGUGAAUACCUGUGUACAUAGACAGAUAUCUGGGCCUCCGUGUGGCUGAGAAGUAUAUUUUGUAAAUAGAAGCACUAGUCCUCAUCACAGGGCGCAUCUGAGGCCACUCCCUGGUGCACUUCAGACCGGUGUCGUGUUCAUUCUGUUAAUAAAUGGAUAUCUUUUUCAUUGUAACAUAAA